CUGGGGUUAAGCUGGGGUACUCCCCUGGCAUUGUCUUCUACACGAGUUCCCAUGGUCCAUAGAGCCAUACUGAUGGGCUGCCGAAUACCACAAGGCAGUCAAGGAAGUGUACAAUUGGUUGGCCUGCGACGCCAAUGAAUCACGUCGUCUGGCAGCCUGUCACCUUCCUCUUGCAUGCACGAGGUCAGUCAAAAUGGCCAAUGCAUUGGACAGCCAUCCCUCCGAUCCCGGGAAAGGUGUCAGCCGAGCGCAUCAUGUCGAUAUCGCAGCAGAGGGCAGUAGAUCGUCCAAGGAACAAACAAUCAAUGCCUUCCUGCUCCUCACUUGCACGGUGUUUGGCGCAGCCUCGUUAGUGUUUGGCUUUGAUGACAAAGUCAUCUCGCCGGUGGCUGCAUUGGCUGCAUUCGUCGAUAGGUACCAAGGCCCCGAGCCAAUCACAGGCAAACUUGUCUUCACAGCCCGCAAUCAAAACCUCAUAUUUUCCGUCCCUCUGCUAGGCUCGAUCCUAGGAGGCUUGACGGCCUCCCCUCUGAAUUCCGGCUUGGGCCGUAAACGCCCCUUGUUGAUCGCAUAUAGUAUCUCCAUUGGCGGCGGGUUACUCCAGAUGCUGGCCCCGAAUCUGGGGGCUUUCAUAUCGGGUCGUUUUAUCAACGGAAUUGCUAUGGGGAUUGCCAAUACCACGGCUCCCCUGUAUCUUUCGGAGAUCGUACCUGCCUCCAUGAGAGGAAGAAGUGUAUCAUUGUUCAAUAUCUUAAACCUGGUUGCUGGUGUCCUGGGCGCCGUCGUGGUGUUGUGCACUCACGAGUUAGGAGGCAGGAGUUCGUACAUGAUCCCAUUGGCCGUACAGUGUGCCCUGCCGGCUCUCCUACUCAUCUCAACAUUGCCUGUGCCCGAGAGUCCACAAUGGCUCGUCUCUAAAGGCAAGGUGGAAAAGGCUCGUAACAACUUGCGGAGACUGCGCCGCUGCAGUGAACGACGGAUUGAUGAUGAGAUCCGAAACAUGGAACGUUCCGAAGAGGGUUCGAAAGCCAAUGCGCCCUUCUGGGAUAUAUUCUCGAAGAAGCACCUGCAGCGCACCGUGAUCGCCGGAUCCUUCUACUCCUUGAACCAAAUCUCCGGCAUCAUUCUCUCAACCACGUACAGCACAGUGUUUCUCUCUGAGAUUGGCAUUGGAGACCCUUUUUCGUUAACCGUAAUUGCCGCCUGUUGCACUCUUGCAGGCACGAUCGCUGCCCCCUUCGUCCUUGACCGGGCGGGUCGUCGCCCUACUGCAUUGGUGGGCAUGAGCAUCCUGUUCAUCAUCGACGCGACGGCUGGAGGCCUGGCGUUCAACGGAGGAGACCGUCAUUCGGCUAUGGCGCUUGCGGCGUUGUCCUUCACCUUCAACUUCUUCUGGGCUUCGUCAUUUUCCCCCUUGUCGACUCUUCUGCCUUCGGAGAUGGCCACCCCCAGGCUCCGCCACCACACCAUGGCUUAUACUAUUGCCUGUGCCCAAACAACGGCAGUGAUCACGACGUUGGUGGUGCCUCAGCUCACAGCGGCCGAUGCGGCAAAUCUAGGGCCAAAGACAUACCUUGUAUUUGCCGGCUGCAUGGGCUGCAUUCUGGUCUUCGCCUACUUUUCCAUCCCAGAGACCAAAGGCCGAACCUUUAUGGAGAUCGAUGCAAUGUAUGAUGCCAAAAUUCCUGCAUGGAAAUGGAGACAACAUUGGUCUUCGCUUGAGGAGACGAUGUGUUCGGAUUCCCCAGUUCCUAGAUAAAUACACUAAGACUAUGGACCGGUUGGCUGUGGCCCCUGCCGUUAGCCUUGCGUUGGAUACGAGACGGUAUGACACAAUCUCAACGGCGAUACGUUCGAGUUCCCGGCACAGUUGGGCCGAUUUAGCGCAGUGAUGCGAUCUUCCGUUUUAUCCAAAUCCCAUCGCGCUAUGCUUAGAUCAACCCAUUUAAAUGAAAGAACGUAC